AUGAAACUUAAUAUUUUAAAAACUUUUAUUUUGCUUGGUCUUACUGGAUUUUUGCUUUCAUUUGCUAACGCACAAGCUGUACCUGGUUUUUUUGCAGACAAUACAACAAAUACUAUACUUGAAGAAAUAGGAAUGGAUCUUCUAACACCACCGGAAGUUUUUCAAUAUAUAAAAAAUUGGUAUAUCGGUUAUCCAUAUAAAAUUCUAUUCGACUAUAUAGAUUUCAUUUGUACGUAUGCCAAUUAUAUAGACGCUGUUCAAUAUAUGUUAAUACCGCAAGUAAAUAACUUAACUUUACGAAUGUUCACAAAAUGCCAAAAUUAUUCUUUUCCAAUUUUGAAAUCAGACGAAAUUUAUAGAAGCCCACAUUUCGAUCGAUCAAAACCAGUUGUUAUUCUUAUUGCCGGAUGGACAAAUACUAUCGAUAACAGUAAUAUGAUUUAUGAAAUUAGUAAAGCUUAUUUAUGUCGAGGUGGAGUAAAUGUUAUAGGUCUUGAUGCUUCUAAUUAUACUACUACUUUUUAUGCUUUGUCUGCAUUAAAUGCCCGUGAUAUUGGAAAAUAUCUUGCCCAAAGUAUAGUUAAACUUGAGAAAAUUGUUCCACUUGAAAAUAUCCACUUAAUUGGGCAUAGUUUAGGUGCGAAUAUAGCUGGAUAUACCGGUAAAUUUUUUCAAAAUAUGACUGGUAGAUUAUUACCAAGAAUAACAGGAUUAGAUCCAGCUAAACCAUGUUUUCAUAUGGGACAAAAAUUAAUGCCAAUUGAGAAAGGAGAUGCUGAAUUUGUUGAUGUAAUUCAUACAAAUCCUGGAGUUCUUGGAAUAGAAAAAGAAAUUGGUGAUGUUGAUUACUAUCCUGAUGGUUUAUUGCCAUUAAAAUCAGGAUGUUUAACAAUAUCUUGUUCACAUAAUCGUGCACAUGAAUAUUAUGCAGAAUCAGUUUAUCCAGGUCAUGAAAAUGAUUUUUUAGCAGUAAAAUGUCAUUCAAUUUUCGAAUUACGAAUUGGUCUCUGUAAUACUACAGAGCGUUAUAUUAUGGGAUAUGCUGUUCAAAAAGAUAUAAAAGGAAUUUUUUAUUCUAAAGUGACAGCACAAUUUCCUUAUGGAUCAGAGAGUGAAAAAAUACCUCCAUAUAUAAAAGAAUGUGGGACAUGUGAUAGGCCAGAAGAUAAAAAAGAUACAAUAAAAUUUGAAUAA